AUGGCUAAGACGAGAUAUGUAAGCAGGACCAUCCAGUUCUACCACGCUAGAGCUGGCUACCUACCUUACAUAGGUAUAAAACUCUCUUUGGCGCCGAUCAAGCUUUAUCGUGCAGCCCUUCGCGCUCUACAGGAAGAAGUACCAACUAAAGGUCAAGAUUCGAGGGCGGACGCGAUCAUCAAUAGAGAAAGCGACAGAGGUUCAAGUCCACAGAGGUUCAAGUCCAAUGAGCGAGGUCGAAGAGCUAAUCAGCGGCAAUAUGCAAUCCUUUACGAUUGGUGUGUCUCAUUCUCGGAUGCCUGCGCCCGAACAACUCUAUCGAACAAUUCCCGGUCACAGACGCGGGCACCGAUUCAUGGCAACGCGGCCUCAGGGACGCCGGGCGCUAAUUCUGAUGUCUCUGGCUCCGACGAUAUCAAAGACAAGUUCGCAAGAACCUAUAUGAAGUUCUCUCAAUGCCGAUGCACCAGCGAUGGCCUAGGCAGAGCUGAUAGCCACAUGCUCCCUCAUACCCAAGCCCUCAAUAUGUCGUCUAAUAAGAUCGAAGACCAAACCAACAGCCAUCUCCUGGAGGUUCAUUUUGAACUCGAAGAUAGCGAGGAUGAAACGGAGGCUUUUCGGCCGCGCAUCACGGCCAUAUGCAGACUGAUAACGAUGGAGAAGGAUUUCUUACAAAGAACACAAUAG